UCUCAAUUUAAUUACCGUUGCUUUCGGUAUUUACGCUUCGCCUUAGAGGUCUACCGCUCGAAUUAAUCCCCAUUACCUUUCUACUUGCGUCAUCUUGUUUGUGUGUUGGUACAGACUUGGGCAGACUUAGAGGGCUGUUGUUCAUCGCAUGGCUGUCGAACUACUCGCACCGAAUAAAGGGCGGCUGAGCAGCAGUUCAGCAAGCCACGUGACUCCUCACUGAGCAAGCCCCUGAGUACCUUCAAGCAAGCGGCGGGCGUCCAGAACAGGAAAGCUAAGGGCAUUCUAGAAAAUCCGGUACGUACAGGUGAACAUAUAUAUAGAACGAACAUUAAUUAUGUCCGAGUCGCGAUGCCCCAUCACCAUUUGCUUCAAUGGCGCCAAUCCACUGCGCUGAGACUAAUUGCUAUCCCUACUGCAAUUUUGUUCAUUUACGCGGCAUUCUUCUUCUAUUCGCGACAUAGCGAUGUUGACAUUAAUCCCAUCCCCAAUGCUGGCCUCCCCCCUUCGAACAGUAGUAGUUGCCAUAUCGACCUUGAUUUGUUGAGAACGCACGCAUCCAACUCCUCUGCGGAGUAUGCUAGAUUGGAAAUAGCCGUUGUGCGAACCGAAAACUUCACUGGUUUCUCGGAUACACUCGACGUACCUGUUCCCACGUACCAGACCGUUCAAUUAGAUACGGAGGAUCAUACAAAACCACUACCGGAAGAGAGAUGCUCAACGUCGGUGACUAUCCAUGCUCCCGUUGCGGCUCCACGGGUCAAUGCAUCACACAUGAUAUUUGGCGUUGCAACAUCUGUCGAGAGACUAUAUGAUUCCCUGGAUGCCUUCGCACACUGGGCGGGGGGAACGAAUGCACACAUUGUGGCUGUGGUUGACGACGAAAGCUCAGCGAAGCAGUCUAAGAAACGGGCGAAGGAGCUAGAUAUUCGCCUCACUGUGAUCCAAAAUUCUGAAGAGCUACUGGAUCGGUACUUUUCUCUGAUUCGGAUCCUCCUUGAGCGAAAGGACGAGCUUACCCAAUGGAUUGUCCUGAUCGACGACGAUACUUUCUUUCCUUCGAUGAGAAAUCUCGUACAACGCUUGGCGACAUACGAUCCAACGGAACCGCAGUAUAUAGGGGCACUUACCGAGGAUAUAUCGCAGAUGUACUAUGGGAGCCAUAUGGCGUAUGGCGGUGCUGGGAUAUUCCUCUCCAUCCCCCUGGUCCAACAACUUGACGCUGUUUUCGAGUAUUGCUAUGAUUUUAAGCAUUCUGGUGACCGGAUGAUUGCGCGGUGUAUCUACGACCAUACCACGACAAAGCUCACAUGGGAGCGGGGCCUUCAUCAAUUGGACCUUCGUGGCGAUGCGUCAGGGUUCUACGAAUCAGGUCGGCCUCUACCGCUCUCACUGCACCAUUGGAAGUCCUGGUUUCACGCGGAUAUGGUUGCUCUCAGCAAGGUCGCUGCCAUCUGCGGGGAGGAUUGUUUACUUCGACGCUGGAACUUGCCAGGUGGUAAGGAUGAUUGGUAUCUGAUAAACGGGUUUUCUGUGAUCAAGUACUCGGUGCCCUUGUCCGACCCGAUUGCCAUGGAGCAGACCUGGGAUAAUAGUAAAUACAAGGGCCCGGAUCCAUUCGCAUAUAGCUUGGGUCCAUUGCGUAAAAAGGACGAAAACAAGUUCUCUCUCCGAUUGAAAGGAGCGAUUCAGGAGGCGGAUAGGGUUCGACAAAUAUAUGUUCACGAGUCUGCUUCUGACAGGAAACCUCAAGUACUAGAGGUGGUUUGGAAAGUCGCACAUUGAUGCUUUCUGUUUCGACAAAACGAUCCGGUACCACUUAAAAAGUUACCUAAAUCAAUCAGAGGCCGUUCGCUUUGCUGUCGACAUGCCCUAAUCCCAUCCACUGUUCAACCCAGAUUAAGGGAACCACAAAA